ACACUGUUUUGAUUUGCUAACGAUCAAUACAAUAGAAUUAAUCCGGCAUAUCUGCACAAAUUUUUCUGGAAUAUUUUCCAUUGAAUUCUCAGACUUAAUAAAUAUAUUGUAAAUCAUCAACCAUGACUGUUUUACCUAAACCAAGUGCUAUUAUCAAGAAAACGCCCAUAAUAACUGAUGCUCCUCUAGUUGAAAAACCAAUCAACGAGGAUAAAAUUGAUAUACAUCCAAGUCACGAAUGGCCGAAGCGUUCAUCCAAUGGAGUCAUGUGCCUAUCGCUGACUGCAACUGUGCUCGCUCUGCUGGGUUUCACCGGUGGUCUCUUACUGUGCCAGGAUAUGUUGAAGCCUACUACCAUCCGUCGCUUCCAGGGCUACUGCUCCGUACCAAUUCCGAAUAAUGACAAGCAGACAAUCGAAGCUGGUUUCCGCUCGCUGCCGCUACAGUGGUCUACCGACGACAUCCAGGUGAUCAACACGGAGCGCUCGAGCGCCGACCAGCUGGAGGACGCGCUGCACGAGGAGUUCGACAUCGGGGACACCGUCGAGAAGAUCUCCGUCGUCAACAACGGCCACCGCGUCAACUUCAUACACGACUUCUCCGAUAACACCACUGGCAUAAUCGACGACGAGCGCUGCUUCGUCAUGGAGCUGGAGCCGGAGCUGGUGCUGACUCCGCAGCUGUUCAUCUCGGGCCUGCAAAACGGCGCGCAGUUCGACGUGUCCCUCGUGCGCAGCGAGCUGCGCGCCGCGCUGCCCGCGCUCACCGAGCUGCGCCGCGCCGCCGCCGAGCUCGCCGCGCGCUGCGCCGGCCGCCCCGUGUACCGCCUGCACCGCGACGACGCCAUACGCAAGCGUUCAGCCGACGAACCGACUCACGACUAUAUCCAGUUUUCGGGAAAUCACGUGCAGGAGAUCAAGAUUGAUAAUUUGCCGGAGAUCCUGGAGUAUGAGAGGCAGAACAAAGCUUAAACUAGCAACCUUGUGGACGUAGGGUAUUCGGCGCUGCAAGUAUCUUAAUUAUCUGGCUACUAAUAUGCCUUCUAAUAAUUGGUAUCCUAAAUUAUUGUCACUAUUAGGUCCAUUAUAUCUGUCCAUCUAUUAUAUCCAAGUGGCAAAAAAAAAAAUUAAAAAAAACCAUCCCUUUAGAAAAA